AUGCCCAAAGAAAAGGAAUCCAAGCUCUCCUUCAACCUCAAGACCCCCAAGGGUACCAAGGACUGGUCCGGCUCCGACGCCCUCCUCCGCGACCGCAUCUUCUCCACCAUCGCCGACGUCUUCAAGCGCCAUGGCGGUACUGCCCUCGACACCCCCGUCUUCGAGCUGCGCGAGAUUCUCGCCGGUAAGUAUGGCGAGGACUCCAAGCUCAUCUACGACCUCCAGGACCAGGGUGGAGAAAUCUGCUCCCUCCGCUACGAUCUCACCGUCCCCUUCGCCCGUUGGCUGGCCAUGAACCCCGACGUCCGCAGCAUGAAGCGCUACCACAUUGCCAAGGUGUACCGUCGCGAUCAGCCCGCCGUGAGCAAGGGUCGCAUGCGCGAGUUCUACCAGUGCGAUUUCGAUAUCGCCGGUACCUUCGACCCCAUGGUCCCCGAUGCCGAGAUCCUGCGCAUCGUCACCGAAGUCUUCGAGGAGCUGGGCUGGAACGGUCGUUAUAACAUCAAGAUCAACCACCGGAAGAUCCUCGACGGUGUCUUCCAGGUCUGCGGCGUGCCCGAGGAGAAGAUCCGUCCGAUCUCCAGUGCCGUCGACAAGCUGGACAAGAUGCCCUGGGCGGAUGUGCGCAAGGAAAUGGUCGAGGAGAAGGGUCUGGACGCUGCCGUGGCCGAUAAGAUCGAGACAUACGUGAUGCACAAGGGUGGCCGCGAGCUCCUUGAUAACCUCCUCAAGGACGAGGGUUUGACUGCCAACGAGUCCGCCAAGGCCGGUCUCGAAGAUAUGGGUCUGCUCAUGGACUACCUUGAGGCAUUCGGUGUGCUGGACAAGAUCUCCUUCGACAUGAGUCUGGCUCGUGGUCUCGAUUACUACACCGGUGUCAUCUACGAGGUUGUCACCGAGGGCUCCGCCCCCGCCGUGGCGUCCUCCGCACCGGAGGCCCAGGCCGUGCAGAAGUCCGGCAAGAAGAGCAAGUCCAAGGGCGGCAACUCGGAAGACGACGACCGCUCCAACGACCCGACCCUUGGUGUCGGCAGUGUCGCCGCGGGAGGUCGCUACGACAACCUGGUGGGCAUGUUCCUGCCCAAGGCGCAGAUCCCCUGUGUGGGUGUGUCCUUCGGUGUGGACCGUAUCUUCUCCAUCACCAAGGCCCGUCUCGAGCGUGAGAAGAGCGCCGAGGCCCUCCGCAGCAGCGAGGUUGAUGCCUACGUCAUGGCCUUUGGUGGUAAGGGCUUCACUGGUAUGCUGAAGGAGCGGAUGAGCGUGUGCCAGACUCUCUGGAACUCUGGCGUCAAGGCCGAAUUCUCUUACAAGGUCAAGCCCAAGCUCCCCCAACAAUUCAAGGCCGCCGAACAAGCCGGCGUCCCCUUCGCCGUCAUCCUGGGCGAGGACGAGCUCGCGGCCGGCAAGGUCCGCGUCAAGGAAAUGGGUCUGGAGGACGGACACCCCGAGAAGGAAGGUGUUCUGGUCGAUCUGACUGCUCUGCCGGCGGAGGUCAAGGCCCGGGUGGCUAAGAAGCGGGGAGGGAGUGUUGAGGGUGUUGCACAGCAGUUGGGUGAGAUGAAGGUUGAUGCAUAG